GCGGGCGGGCAGGCGGGGCGCGGGCGCCGGCACCGCCGAGACCAGCGCCGUGGGCUCCCGCGCCGCGCCCCGCGCCCCGCGCCGCGCGCCCGCCGCCGAGAUGCUGGGGCUGCUCGUGGCGUCGCUGGUCGUGGCGCUCGCCUACUUCGCGCUGCUGGACGGUUGGUACCUGGUGCGCGUGCCGUGCGCCGUGCUGCGCGCGCGCCUGCUGCAGCCGCGCGUCCGCGACCUGCUGGCCGAGCAGCGCUACGCGGGCCGCGUGCUGCCCUCGGACCUGGACCUGCUGCUGCACAUGAACAACGCGCGCUACUUGCGCGAGGCCGACGUGGCGCGCGUGGCGCACCUGGCCCGCUGCGGGGUCCUGGGGGCGCUGCGCGCGCUCGGGGCCCGCGCCGUGCUGGCCGCCUCGUGUGCGCGCUACCGUCGCUCGCUGCGCCUGUUCGAGCCCUUCGAGGUGCGCACCCGCCUGCUGGGCUGGGACGACCGCGCCUUUUACGUGGAGGCGCGCUUCGUCAGCCUGCGCGAUGGUUUCGUGUGCGCGCUGCUGCGCUCCCGCCAGCACGUGCUGGGCACCUCGCCGGAGCGCGUCGUGCAACACCUGUGCAAGCGCCAGGUGGAGGCCCCUGAGCUACCAGAAGACCUGCGGCACUGGGUGGCCUACAACGAGGCCAGCAGCCAGCUGCUCAGGGCUGAGAGCGGGCUCAGUGACCUCGUCAAGGACCAGUGAGCACCGCUCCCUGCCCGCCGGCCUCACCCUGGGGGCCCCUGCCCUCCCUUCCGGGCCUGCGGGGGCAGAGAGUGCCGAAUGGGCCCGCCGGGCUGGGCUGUCCCCCAGCUGCGGUGGCCUGCUGCCAGGCGGGCUCAGUCCAGCCCCCUCCCCACGCUCAGGCCCUCCCUCCACCAGCCAGUUAUCGACGCCCCUCCCCCCCACGCUGGGUACCGGCGGCCGGGGCGGGGGGUGGGUGGGGGGAGACACACACACACACAGAUGCCCUGACCCAGCUCUGCCCUCCGGGUGGAGGUGAUGAGGAAAGUGGGAGGCCCAGGGCCCUUGGCGUGUGGGCUCUGGGGGGCUGGGGGUUGGGCCCCAGCCUGCAGUUGAAGACACACUCCCGCAGCCUCCUGCAGCCUCAAGUCGGGAGAGUGCUUGGACCAGAGGGGCCGGCCAAAGCCACCCUGAGCCCCAGAGCCUGGAGUCUGAUGGAGCUGCAGGGGUGAGGCCAGCAGUCCUGGGGGCAGGGCUGCAGCCUGACUCGGGCCUGGUGAGGAGCUGUGAAGGGUCGGAACAGCAUGUCGAGGCGGAUCCCUGUGGCUGUGCGUGGGGGAGAGGCAGGCCCAGGCCAACUGACCGGAGGGCGCGGGGGUUCCCCUGGGGUGGUGGUGAGCUUCCCGUCCUAGCUGGGGCCUGCUGCUGCGGAGGGAGCGGAGCAGACAGCGGGAUUCUGCCUGGGUGCCCUCUGCACCUUGCCCUCGCUUGUCUGCACCCCGGGUGCUCCUAGGGCUGCGCUCUAUGACUGGGUAGGACCCCACCGUCUCUGGGCCUACAGCACCUCAGGUGUGUGCCCUCCUCCUGGGGUCGUCCUCAACAUGUGCCCUGCUGGCGACUCUCCCCUUCCAAUGCUGAGGGGCUGCCUCGCUCCCUGGGCUGGGGCGGGGGAAGGGUCUUCUGGGCUUUGCCUGAGUGGCUCCCUGAUGGGGUCACCAGGCUGCUGGGACACCUGCUCAGUCAUCUGCUCCUGCCUAAUUGCUUGCCUUCCGGCUAGGGAGGCCUGGAGAGAAGCAGAAACUGGCCCAGACGGCAAGGCAGGGGUGGGCAGAGCAGGGAGCCUUAGCUCCCUGGCUGGCUGGGGACACAGGGGUCAAAGCCCUGGGGGUGGGAUCACUGCUUGCUCCCGCAUGUGGCUGCCCAGGACGAGGUGGCCACCCGCCUGUGCCCCCAGCAGCCUGUGGUGUGGGCCAGAGCCGUGGAGCCCGGAACCGCCUCUUUUCACCCUAUCGGGCGCCCCUCCUCCCACUAGAGCUAGGAGCACAGCAACGCCCCGAUCCCUUGCCUGCCCCCCACGCCGACGUCUGCCUUAUAGCGCAAUGGGAAAGCUGCAAUGUUUCUGUUUUAUUUAAAGAAAGCCCAAGAUUAAAGAGUUUUUAACGUC